AUGGGGACGAAACGAUUCAAGCCGCUACUCGCAAGCACCUCUUUGGGUCGUUUUGCUUUCCCCCGCAACAUUCUGAAUCCGCGUCCUCUGUUCCGUUCCGGACGAGACCAAUGGAACGGCCGCGCUUGUGGAGAUGCGCUCUCACAUGGUUGCUGGACCGUGAGCCCAAGACAGAUUAGGUUGUGGGAAUACGGGAAAUCCGGAGAUAGUCUGAGCGUUAUUGCCUUGCUAGCCAUCAUUUUCGGUGCAUUAUUGACAAUGGCAGCGGCGAUCCGGAAGACCGAGGUGGGCCAUCCCAACGGAUACUACCAAGCAUACUAG